CUUUCGCCUGCGUUUUUGCGCACAUAAACUCGCCCGCCGUCAACCUGCUCAAUCUUCGAUUCAGGAACAACAGACCAGAGGGGCUUGAUUCUGUUAUCUAAACACAGAUCCAAUAAUAUCAAGUGCUUGACUUCCAUUGAUUAGAAUGAAUGUCCCACCACCACGACCGACAUGGACUGAACAUACGACGGCUGAAGGCCGCAAAUAUUGGUACAACAAUUUUUCAAAGACAAGUACUUGGGAAAAACCAGAAGAGCUGUUGACAGAAGUAGAAAAAGCGUUGAAAGAGUGUGAAUGGCAAGAAUUCACCUCACCAGAAGGCAAAAAAUAUUACAGCCAUAAAUCAACCAAGGAGUCCAAAUGGGAGAUGCCAGAGGAAUAUAAAGAAUCUCUUCAAAAGGGUCAACAAGCUGAAGCGGCAAAGCAACAAGCCGCAGCUGAAGCAAGGAUCGAGCAAAUAGAACAAAAUAAUAUGCCUCCCAACCUGCACGAACGCCAAGAGUCACCACCCAAUGUUGCGCCGGUUGCUAUCGCACCACCGGUUAACAUCCCACAUCCAAAACCGCAAAUGACUCAACCUACCGUUUUGGAGUUUGCAACAAAAGAGCAAGCAGAAGCAGCCUUUAUUGACUUACUACGCAAAACUGGUGUCAAAUCAAGUUGGACUUGGGAACAAACUAUGCGAUCCAUUAUCACACAACCCGUUUAUCGCGCGUUGAAGACUUUGGCUGAAAGAAAGAGUGCUUUCAAUACCUAUAUUGAACAAGAGACAAGAAGAGAAAAGGAAGAACAAAUAGAAACUGAAAAGAAAGUACGCGAGGACUUUAUAAGCUUACUUUCCAGCACAAAUGCGAUCCGUAUUACAACACGGUAUCGCAAAGCAGCAGCUUUACUAGAAAAGGAGCCGGCAUGGGGUGCAAUCACAUCCGAACGAUAUAGACAGGCAUUAUACGACGAUUACAUACACGAGCUCAGCAGGAAAGAAAAGGAUGAAUUGCGAGAGCUUCGAAAGCAAAGCAUGGAUCGAUUUGCUGAAUUGCUGCGAUCUAUUCCUGAAAUCACGCACAGGACAACCUGGAAAGCGGCGCAAGAACUUUACUCUGCGCGCCCAGAGUAUGCUGAUAAAGGGAGAUUCAAAGGCAUGGAUAAACUUGAUUUUUUGGUUGUAUUUGAGGAUCAUGUCAAACAUUUGGAACAAGUUGAAUCGGAUCAGAAAGCUAGAGUUGCCGAUGCUAGAAAACGUACAUAUCGUAAGCAUAGAGAUGCAUUCAAAGAACUUUUGGCUGAAUUGCGAGCAGGCAAACUCAUCAAUGCGAAGACGGAUUGGAUGGAGAUUUACCCCCAUUUGAAGGACGAUUUGAGAUACCAAAACAUGUUGGGUCAACCAGGAUCUACGCCUCUCGACUUGUUCUGGGAUAUGGUCGAUGACCUGGGAGAGCGAUUCUACAAACAGAAGCGCAUUAUUUACGAUAUCCUCAAGAGCAUACGGUAUGAAAUCACGGCAGACACCGAAUUCGCUCAGUUCCAGGAGGUUCUCAAGCCAUACCCGGAGGUUGCUGAACGCGUUGAUGAUGAGAAUUUGAAGUUGACCUUUGAGCAUUUGCAAGAGAAAGAGGUUCGCCGAGCAAAAGAGGAGAAGCGUAGACGGGAAAAGAAAAUGCGAAGAAAGCAGGAUGCGCUAAAAUCUGCACUCAAGCGACUCAAGCCAAGCAUUGAAACUACCAGCAAGUGGGAGGAUUUUGAAUCCAUCAUCACACAAUUGCCAGAAUACCAUGAUCUCAAAGACGAGACGCUUGCCAAGGAAGUGUUUGACAAGCUUAUUGUCAGGCUAAACGAAAAGGCUGAAAAGAAACGAACAAGCGAUGACGACGAGGAGGAGGGCAUGAUACGUGACGAUGACGCUGAGGCAGCACACCAUGGCAGGAGGCACCACAGUAGCCAACAGGGACCUGAACCUAUGAAUGUUGACUCUCAUGAUGGACAGCGAGCCAGCGAAGAGGAAGGCAAUGCACUAGACGAAUAUGUUAAAAGAACUAGGCACUAAAAUAUCACAUGGAAAUAAAAGAUGAUGAAACACCAAAAUCCAGGCAAACUAUGAUUUUUUAGGA